ACAGAGUCACCUCCUCGCCCCUCACUGCCCACAGACUCGGAGAGAAGAGGUAAAGAACUCACCUGCCGCCAGGAUGGGAUUCUUCAUCAUAGACCUGCUGCUUGUGGCUACAAUAAGUGGAGCCAUGGCUGAUACUUGCCUGGGUGACAACAAACAAGUGGACAUGGCUUUCAGCGCUGUGGACGAUCAAUAUCGGUCCUGCACAGACCGAAUAAUGGGGGAUGUCACUGGUUCCGACGGUCUCUUGCGGGCCGAACUGAAGGCUGACGGCUCAUUCCAGGACAGUUGGACCCAGGCAGAGGGCUGCAAUAAAACCGUCCCGGGCCUCAACGAGUACCACAGCAAAGCGCUAGCGCUCUACACGAGCUGGAACCGGACCUUCCCCAACACAUUCGACACCGACACCCAGGCCCUGGGGCCCGACCCCUCCGUCUACAGGAGGUACUUCCCCUACAAGUCGCUGCACUUCCUGCUGACGGACGCGGUGCGGGUCCUGAGGGAGCAGCAGGGUCCCGUCUGUCGCACAGUGAGUGGCAGGAGGGGGGGUUGGGAGCUGCAGCCCAGGCGGGGGGAUCGGGUCCGCAUCGGCCGCUUUUUCCUGGGCUACCCCAGGUACUCCUCCAGGACCUUCGACCUGACUGUCAGGACCUGCCACGGGGUGGAGCUCACGCCCUGCAGCUCGCGCAGAGGCCGCGUCCUGGUUCCGCCCUACGAGAGCUUCAAGGUGGUGGCGGUGAGGGGGGUGGGUAGAGAGAGGCGCUUCUACCUGGAGUCCAUCGGAACCUACAGCAAUCUGCAGUGCGCGCUCUACUCUGGGUCUUCAGAACCGUCCCAGGGUUCUGCUCGUGUGUAGUGGAAACAGGGCCGUGCCACAAACCGAUACCAGACACACCUUUCGGGGGACUUCACUGGACACUCUGCAGUCAUCUCACACUGACAGUGAAUUUCAAGGCAUCCUCAGUGCAAGCAAGCAAGCCUGCAUCCCUCUUAGUCCAAAGUCAUAAUUGUAGAAUAUUUUGCUCUGUAUACAUUUAUAAUGAAACAAUAUGUACCAACAGUGAAGCCCAAAAGAUUACUUCUAUGUAGAAGAAUAAAGAAUCUCUCUUAAUAGAGUGAUUAAUGUGUGACAUCACCAACAACAACCAUACCUGCAAUCACAUGAUAACGACAGGGUAAAUGACAUUCAAAGCAAUUCUCAGUGAUAAACAAGAACGUCUCUACAGGGUGCAAAGGAAAGAAAAUUUUUAGAAGAAAAUAAAUAACAGAAUAUGAAAUAUGUGUCCUAAUGCACUGCAAGGCAACAAGGGAAGUGUUUUAGCUACAUACAUUCAGCACUGCAUUGAAAACAGCCUCAUAC